CUUCCUCUUUGUGUCCGUUGGAGUUUAACCCAGAAAGUAAAGUCCACGCUGCCUUAUUCAAAUACAGUUUAUUGUUUUAUAAACAGGAUAUUAGAUAAAGAAGGAAGAGGGGAAAUAAAGCCAGAAAUCUACUACAAUCACUUCUAUCUGAACCACUUCUCUGUCCCGCUUCCAUCACUGCCACACCUGUUGGUCUGACCUGAUACCUGCUCUCAUAUCCCGUCUGUGUGUCUGUCUGAUCAAGGUCUGGUCUUACCUGGUUCACCUGUAGACCUCCUGCUUCCUCAACGACCUCUCUGACAGUCUGUGAAGCUCAAACCAAUCCUGCCUGCAUCUCCAUCCACUCCUGCAUCAUGAGUGUAUGAUGUCUGAGAGCAGCUGCUAUGGCCUGCAGCAGCGGUCAGAACAAUGCAGAGACUCUGGAGGGGUUUCAUGAGGUGAACUUGGCGUCGCCCACCACGCCUGACCUGCAGAACCAGGCGGAGCAGCGACCCCCCGUCCGUCACAGCACCCCUCCCACCUCUCUGUACCGCACACACUCUCUGGGAGCGCCCCCUACUGGCCUCCCCACAUCACUGCGUGCCGACCAGCUCCCCACGCAGCCGGUUUACUCCACGCCACGGCACAGCCACAAUGGAAGUGUGCCAGGCCAGGAGGCGGAGUCACUGGACGGGACCUUCCUGUCCGGAGAGGACGGCGAGGAGUGCAGCGCGCUGAGCGACAGCCUGUCGCGGCUCCGCAGCCCGUCGGUGAUGGAGGUCCGAGAGAAAGGAUACGAGAGGCUGAAGGAGGAGCUCGCCAAGGCCCAGAGGGACCUGCUGUUGAAGGAUGAGGAGUGUGAGAGGUUGUCUAAAGUCAGAGAUCAGCUCGGCCUGGAGCUGGAGGAGCUCACCGCCAGCCUCUUCCAGGAAGCCCACAAGAUGGUCAGAGAAGCGAACGUGAAACAGGCGACCGCUGAGAAGCAGCUGAAGGAAGCUCUGGGCAAGAUCGACGUCCUCCAGGCCGAGGUUCAGGCCCUGAAGACCCUCGUGCUCUCCUCCCCCACCUCCCCCCUGGGUGACCUCCCCUCUGUAGGAGCGGGAGUGAAGACCCCCUUCAGGAAGGGACACAGCCGGAACAAGAGCACCUCCUCGGCCAUCCUGGGGACGCAGCCCGACCCGUCGGCCACGCAGCCAAUCGUGCGGGAGUGCAGAGAGGUGGACGGUCAGCUGUUUGGUGAGUUCAAAACGUGGAAGGAGGAGCCGACGCUGGACCGGGACUGCAGCUUCCUGGAGAGAGUUUACCGCGAGGACAUCUUCCCCUGCCUCAGCUUCAGCAAGAGCGAGCUGGGGUCGGCCAUCUUGGAAGCGGUGGAGCAGAACACGCUGAGUGUGGAGCCGGUCGGUUUCCAGCCGCUGCCUGUGGUCAAAGCCUCGGCGGUGGAGUGUGGAGGACCAAAUGGGCGAAGGGCUGAACUGGUCACAAAAUGUGCCCUGAGCGGUCAGACCAAAACCUGUAAGCACAGAAUCAAGUUUGGAGAUUCAUCCAACUACUACUACGUUUCUCCCUACUGUAGAUAUAGAAUCACAGCAGUGUGUAACUUCUUCACCUACAUCCGCUACAUCCACCAAGGGCUGGUCAAACAGCAGGAUGCCGAGCAGAUGUUCUGGGAGGUGAUGCAGCUUCGCAGAGAAAUGUCCGUCGCCAAGCUCGGCUACUUCAAAGACCAGCUGUGACCGAUGGACAGCCCCGCCCCCCUCCAAUCACAGCAGACUCUGCCCUGAAGCCCCUCCCUCCCUCCCUCCCUGGAUCUGGUCCCAUCUUCUCUCCUUCCGUCACCUCUCUUCUGUGUGUGUGUGUGUGUGUGUGUGUGUGUGUGUGUGUGUGUGUGUGUGUGUGUGUGUGUGUGUGUGUGUGUGUGUGUGUGUGUGUGUGUGUGUGUGUGUGUGUGUGUGUGUGUGUGUGUGUGUGUGUGUGUGUGUGUGUGUGUGUGUGUGUGUGUGUGUGUGUGUGAGAAUAACUGUGGUUGUUUUCAAUCAUCACAAACAGACUGGAGGACAGAGACGUCUGAUAUCGUGAUUUUUGUGGGUUUCUGUUGAGAGUUUGAAUCCAAAGUAUGAGAUUUACUUUGCUGAAGAACACGUUAACACUCCGAUAUAUGAAGACAAGCGGCAUGUGAAUGAAGAUGUCAUUUUUAAUAUGUAAGCAUUUAAACAGAUCUGGGGACCUUUGACCUUUGCUUUAAUCAUCCCGAAAGUCAAAUUAUUCAAAAAUUAAAAAAAAAACUUUCUGAGAAGAUGCUGAGGAAUGAGGGCCACAGUUUGAUACUAACACACAUUGUCCUAAAACAAGGUUAGUAAAAAUAAACAUGCGUACUUUUAGUUCCCAUUUUGUGAGAAAAAAAAACUUUGAUUUUACAUGAAAGUUCCCCCACGCAUCAUUUAUUUUAUUAAAGAUCACAUGUUCUGCUAAACACACUUCUCCAUGUUCCUCUAACUCUAAUAUGUGUCUCUAGUCCGUCUCCAAACCCCCCAAUGAUGAGAAAAGUCCAUCCUCUCCGUCUUCUCCCUGCUCCACUUUUCAGAAAAUGUGUGCUCAAACAGGCCGUUUGGAGAUUUUCCCUUCAUGACAUCACAAAGGGCAGUAGCCCCUCCCCCAGGUGGGUGACACUCCCACAGCUAGGUGUUUGUUCUGCCCUCUGAGUCUGCCUUCUCAUCGUAAACAAUAGGACAUGGAGCGAGAAAGACCGAGUACACCCAAGCCCUUCCAGAGAGGGGGCGUGGUCAGACACAGCUCAUUUACAUAUUUAAAGGUACAGACACAGAAACAGCCUGUUCUGAGCAGGGCUGAAAUAGAGCGGUUUAUAGACAUGAUCAAAUACAGGAUCAGAGAGGAUUUAGAACAAGAAACUUCACACACAUGUUUUGAGGAGCUCUGAGACUUAUUUACACUGAAGAAGAGGAGGAGGAUAUGUGACCUUUAAGUUUGACUACAUUUGUGAAUUAAAAGGGCUUUUUGUAAAAACACUCAAAACACUAAAUCUAAUAUAACAUUCUCUUUAAGGCCCUCUUCUCUGACUGUUCCUGUAACCUGUACUUUUAACACUGUAGGAUCUUUCCUCUAGAAAUCUUUCAUUUUACUAACAGUUGCUCUUCUACUUUAUCACAGCGACUUAAGCAACAUAAAAUCUGUUCUGCUGCUGCUCUACUCCUUAAGUAAAGUCGUCUAUCAUCAACUAAACUCAUGUAGGUUAUACAUGUUCAGACGCAUAAGUCACCCCACAGUAAAAAAACAAAGACCAAACAAUCAAUAAAUGUUUACUUAAACUGUCCAUAAGCUUAUAUUUAAUUCUAGUUUGUAGGAAGUUAUGAAGAAAGUUUAUUUCCAGGAUUUGAUGAAGUACAGUUGGAUGCAAAGAUAAUCAAAGCCUCAUUCAGACUCGAUGUACGUCUCCUAAAAGUACGCUGAGUUUUCAGAGUAUUCACAGAAGUAGAGACAACUAAACGGGAAAACAAAAAAACACUAAAGACAACUUUCAAACGAGAUGAUUCUCAGGAAGGUGUCGAUCUGUCUUCCCUGAUUUCUACGCUAAAUUUAUGGACGGUGAGUCGAAUCACUGAGACGAUAAUCCCGUCUGAAUGAGGCUGUCUGCAGGAAACAUUUUAUUUAUGAUCUCUCUAAGAGUUAAUGCUUUAUUUUGUUGUUGUUGUUGUUGUUGUUGUCAGGCUGGCUCCCGGGGUUUUUCAUGAAAGACAAAGAGAAACUGAAACACUACACUUUUGCUGUGAAACUCCUCAUGAUGUUCGGGCAUGUUUAGAUAUUUUGACAAACAAAUAUUUGCGGAACUGUCCUUUAUAAGCUCCUGGUGUUUUCAGCCUGCUGUAUUUAAUCAAUCAGGACGUGUAGAUAGUGUGUGCGUGUGUGUGGAUGUUUGGUGUGUUUGUAUGCCUGGUGUUGUGAAAACUUUAUUAAUGUUUAUUUAAACCUGUCUCCACUCCUCUGCAUCUCUCUCUCUCGCUCUCUCCCAUUCAAAGUCAGUGUCACUCUCCCAGUUUGGUUUAGUGCCUUUUCUCUCAGACACUCUGAAAUAAAAACAGUAAUACCUCUGAAACAA